ACAUAAAAAAAAAUAAAAACGGAUACGGGUUUGGAAACGAAAUUCUGCCGUACGAGUACGCCGAAUUUUCCAAAUUUCACGGCGUUUAUACAUUGGGGUGACUUCGAAAUGUGGUACGAAGCCUUACCUUCUGCCGUCAUCGUGUAUGUGCUUUUAAACAUACCCGACAGGAUAAACUCUCUGUCGAAUAAACUGGUUUAUGGUAACGUUUACAGACGUGAUGUUAGUCAACCUUGGCUUCAGAGAUAUUAUGCUAGAGAUUGGGAAUUAACUGGUGAUCCAUACAAGGCACAAGGUCUUGAAUGUUUACCAAAUAAGCCUACUGUUACUGGAAUUGAUUGGAAAAAAUAUGGAAAAGGGCCAAACCACUCAUUCUAUGGAACUAAACUGUAAUAAAAAUUAUUAAUUUGAAAAAUAAAUUGUAGCUAUAAUAAGUGUUUUAGAAUGUUGUCUAUAAAAAUUGUGAAAACUAUACAUCUUGCUAAAUAUAAUUCAUAUGUAAUAUAAUA